AUGGGUGUUUUAUAUUCGUAUCUAAUCCGACCCGAUCCGAAACCAUUGCCAGCCGGGUGGGACCGAGUUUUUGUCGUUUACUUUAUAUGGUUUUAGAGAUCUAUUCAUGGCCGAAAUAAAGGAAGAGAAGCUCCCAUACGAGCCCCCAGCUUUCAACGAACUUCUUCAUUUUGAUGGAUACCUCAAAAAUUAUCAGACUGAGAUUUUCCGGAGAUAUAAAGAAUUUCGAGCGAGUUUGGACUUCAUAGAACAGGUAAAAGACAAAUUUCUUGUGUUUUUCUUGGUAUCAUUUAUGUUCGGAGAUAUUUCAUCCUAUUUUGGGCUGUUUUUAAUACAAAUCUUUAGGCUUUAUCUUGUUUUCGGGCAAUUUUUAGCUAUUGUAUACCUAAUUUUAGUGUGAUGGCUCUUUGGACAAGUUCACACGCAGUUAUGAAGAGUACGGACUCCAUGUUCAACCCGAUGGAACGAUAAAUGGCUUGGAGUGGUGCCCUGGAGCCGAUGCUCUUUCUCUCGUCGGGGAUUUCAGUCAGUUUUGAUAGACGAUUUUCAUUUUUUUGUCAUUCCCAAUAUUUUUUUUGUCUUCAGAUAACUGGAAUCCCGAUGCCAAUCACUAUGAGAAGUUGGACUUUGGUAAAUGGUAUCUCCGGAUUGAUCCGAAAGCAGGUGGAACUCCCACAAUUCCGCAUAACUCCAUCAUCAAGGUUGGUCGUUUUGUUUUAGGUAUCAAAUGUAAAAUAAUUUAAGAUUGUGGUGCACAAAGACGGUCAAAAGCAUUACAAACUCUCCCCGUGGGCGACUUACGUCACAUGUGCCGAUAAGGCAACGGUUUUCCAUCAGGUAAGUUCGUUUUUACCUGAUUUGCAUAAAUUUGUAUUGUUUUAGUAUAGAAUUUAUGUUUCAGCAAUUCUACAAUCCUCCAGAGUCCGAGAGAUACAAGUUCAAGCAUCCGCACAACCCGAGACCAGAUGAUCUUCGUAUUUAUGAGGCGCAUGUUGGUAUCUCCAGUCAACAUGGAUGUGUGAAUACUUACAGAAACUUUGCUGAUCAAGUUAUUCCUCGGAUCAAAGCCCAAGAGUACAAUGCCAUCCAAUUGAUGGCGGUUAUGGAACAUGCUUACUAUGCCUCGUUCGGGUAUCAAGUAACUAGUUUCUUCGCGGCUUCAUCCAGGUGUGGGACUCCAGAUGAUUUGAAAUACUUGGUCGAUAAAGCACAUGAACAUGGUAUGCUUUUUACAAUUUUCUCGUUAUUAUGUUCUUUUUAGGUCUUGUCAUUCUUCUUGAUGUUGUUCAUUCUCAUGCCUCCAAGAAUGUGGAAGAUGGUUUGAAUCAAUGGGAUGGGACUGACAGUGGAUAUUUCCAUGGUAAUGCUCGAGGCUAUCACUCUCUCUGGGACUCGAGACUCUUCAAUUACAGUCAAGUCGAGACUCAGCGAUUUCUGUUGUCGAAUCUGAGAUGGUGGGUGGAGGAAUAUCACUUCGACGGCUUCAGAUUUGAUGGGGUUUCUUCGAUGAUUUAUCAUUCUCAUGGAAUCAGUAAGUACCUAAUAGAUGAUAUAAGUAAUGCCCUUUCUCUUAGAUGAUGGUUUCUCGGGCAAUUACGAUGACUACUUCGGUCUGAAUGCUGAUACCGAGUCCUUGACUUACCUCACCUUGUCCAAUUAUAUGCUCCAUAGGUUUUACCCCAAAUUUAUGAUUACCAUUGCCGAGGAAGUCAGUGGAAUGCCCGCAAUGUGUCGUCCAGUAGCCGAAGGAGGUCAAGGCUUCGAUUAUAGACUAGCAAUGGCCAUCCCCGACCUCUGGAUCAAGUAUUUGAAACAUGUUCGAGAUGAGGAUUGGGAGAUUGGAAAGCUGGUAUUCCAAUUGGAAAACCGAAGAUAUGGGGAGAAACAUGUGGCAUAUGCUGAGUCUCAUGACCAAGCGUUGGUUGGAGACAAAACGAUCGCUUUCUGGUUGAUGGACAAAGAGAUGUACGACUUUAUGUCUACUGUCAAUCCAUUGACUCCGAUCAUUGAAAGGGGCAUUAGUCUCCACAAAUUGAUCCGUCUGAUCACCUAUGGACUUGGAGGAGAAGCCUGGCUCAACUUUAUAGGCAAUGAAUUUGGGCAUCCUGAAUGGCUUGAUUUCCCCAGGAUUGGAAACAACGAAUCCUAUCAUUACUGUAGAAGGCAAUGGAAUUUGGUGGAUGAUGAACUUCUUCGAUACAAAUUCUUGAAUAACUGGGAUCGAGAGAUGAACAAACUCGAAGCCAAACACAAAUUCUUGUGCAGUGGACCGGUCAGUCGAUUUAUAAAAAAGUUGUAAUAUUAGAAAUUAAUGGCAUACAGGGUCUUACAAAAAACAUGGAGGAAUUUCGGGUAGGCGUAACUUCCGGACGGGGCCGAAGAAAAUUUAAGGGGCCGGCCCGGCAAUGGGAGCCACAGGCCUGUUUGAAGUUGGCCUAUGCUUCUGGAAUGUUGUUGUUUACUUUUAUAUGGAAAACAAUUGAUUUUUUUGGGCGCUUUUUUUGCGCGUAGGCCAUAGAGCAGGAGAUUGUUGUUUACCUCACAAUCCUCAGGUUAUCCGAUCGAAAAAGUUAUAGGCCCGGAGAUUCCUUCACUUUUUUUGGAAGACCUUGUACUUUUUUUUUUAAUUUAUCUUUUGAUACAAUUCUAGGCAUGGGUGUCCUGGAAGCACGAAUCAGACAAGGUGGUUGCCUUUGAGAGAGGAGGUUUGGUAUUUAUAUUCAAUUUCAAUGGACAUCAAAGCUUUACCGAUUACAAGAUUGGAGUGGAGGUCCAUGGAAUGUACAAGAUCGUCUUGGACAGUGACAGUGAAGAGUUUGGAGGUCAUAAUCGUCUUGAUCAUAGCCAAGAGUUCUUUACUUUCCCUGAAGGCUAUGCCGGACGAAGAAAUCACAUUUGUGUUUAUAUCCCCACAAGAACAGUCAUUGUUCUGGCCAAACAGAAUUAG